AUGGCAUCGAAAAGCCAUCUGUCCUUCGCUGAGCGUGCGGUGAACCACCCAAGUCCGCUCACCCGGCGCCUGUUCGAAAUUGCAGAGCAGAAGUCCACCAACAUCGUUCUCUCCGCAGAUCUGACCAGCACAGCUGAACUACUCAAAAUAGCUGAUGAUCUCGGCCCAUACAUUGCAGUUCUCAAAACACAUAUUGACAUCAUUGACGACUUCAGCCGCAAGACAACGGAUGGAUUGGUCGAGCUCUCGAAGAAGCACAACUUUCUGAUCUUCGAAGAUCGCAAAUUCAUCGAUAUCGGCAACACUGUCCAGAAGCAAUACCGUGGGGGUGCUCUACGAAUCCAUGAGUGGGCACACAUCGUCAAUGCUGCUGUCCUACCAGGUCCAGGAGUCAUUCAGGCACUGGAGGAGACCAUCAAGACUCACAAUGUCACCGAUCGUGGGGUCUUGAUACUGGCUGAGAUGACUUCGAAGGGAUCUUUAGCCGUGGGCAGCUACACGGAAGCAUCUGUUGCCAUCGCCAAACAAUAUCCAUCAACAGUCAUGGGUUUUGUCUGCACAAAGGCGCUAUCUGGUCUCUCCUCGGAUGCCACUGAUGAGGAAGACUUCGUUGUAUUCACUACUGGCGUGAACAUGGCCAGCAAAGGAGAUGCACUUGGCCAACAGUAUCAGACUCCUACGACUGCCAUGGCUGGAGGCUCGGACUUUCUCAUCGCUGGACGAGGUAUCUACGCCAACAACGAUCCUGUGAAAGCGGCAGAAGCAUAUCGCAAGGCAGGAUGGGAUGCUUAUCAGGAUCGCAUUGGAAAGAAGGCUGAGUGA